CUCUCUCAAAACACAUAUAUAUAAAACUUAACUUUAGACGGAGAGGGAAAGUCCGAUAUUUGAGUUUAUCAGAAGGAUUGAAAGGUCCAGUGGAGGUGCUCUAUACUACACUACCGAGUCCAUAGGGAGUGAGUGAGAGAUGCAUGACGAGGAAUCUUACCGUCGUCGUCGUCGUGUGGUGGGAUUUAUUGUGCAGUCCACUCACGAACUGCAAGUCCCUCCGAUUGUCAAGUACUCCGCACUUUGUCUUUUCACUGACCGAUUUUACUCCUCUAUCUCCAGAAAGGGCCUGGACAAAGUACAUUGGCUUUUGGAUCCUAUAAGUGAAAGUAAUCUUCAGUUAUUUGCUCUUGCUUCUAUAUGGAUCUCUAGCAAAAUUCACUCGUCUCCUCCUCUUUCUUUCAAGACACUGAAGUCAUUGGGAGACAAGAGUAUUUCUGAGCAACAUUUUACAACAAGAGACUUUUUAGAUGCAGUAAGCUAGCUAUUUUUUAAUAAAGUUCCAAGGGUGUAUAAUUCCAUUUUCUAAUUCUCCAGGUGGUGAUAAGCUACUUUGUAGGAGCUAUUGCUAAUGCAGGCUGCUGCAUAUGUGAUCACAGUUCCCGUACAACGAUGGGAGUUCCCUAUUCUUCCUUGGGUUGUGUUUGUCACUUCAUGCAGAGAGCAGGAGGUUGUGAAUACGGUCAAAGUUAUUCUAAGCCAUGUUUUUGAACCGGGCCCACGUCCUUGAUUUGGAGGGAUCUGUCGCUCUUUAUAUCUUGCUGAAGAUCAAUCACAAGGAUGCGACCCCAAUUGCACGCUUAGUCAAAGGUCAACAAACACAACCAUACCUUGCACCGUCUUUAAAAAUUUGUUUCAGAUUGUCUCCAUGGACAUUUAUGAUAUUUUCUUUUGCAAAUUGGGACAUAUAGCUGGAUUUCAUUAGUAGUCAUACUAGUUUUUGCUGUACUACCUUUCUUCCUUACUCUUAAUCUUUUCAGUUCGUCUCAAAAUAAUAUUCGAUUUCUCAUUUUGGCAGGGACGAAGGUAUGUAUGUGUAGGGGGCCUUGCCCCCCAACUUUUUUUUAUUUUUUAGUAAGCUAGUACUCCCUCCGUAUCUAAUUACUUGUCUCACUUUCCCUUUCGGGACGUAUAAAAAAAUGUCUUAUUCCCUGUUUGGAAAGAAACCCACUCAAAAAACUGUUACAGUACCGUAACAGUACAAAAAAUCUCCUACUUUACAUAUAAUCAAUAUUAAUUGUCUUAAAUUAUGUAAAAAAGCAAAUGAGUCAAGUAAAUAGAUACGCAAGGAGUAUUAGAUAUUAAAUUAUCAGAAAAGAUUGGGUAAAAGCCCUCCAACUUUUGUAUUUUUUUGUAGUACUAGUAUUAGAUAUUAAAUAAUAAUAAAAAUUGGGUCAUAAUUACCUGCUAGAAGUCUUUAUUUGAGAUACUUUUGGGUAGAAUUUUUUGAUGAAAUUUUGUCAUCACGUAUUUCAUGAAGUGUAGGUUAUGUCCAUUGAAUUUCAAUAUAAAUUUUAAGUGGAAAGUCAAUUAAAUAAAUUAUGGAAAAACACUGUGUUUUAUAUAUAUAUUUUGGUGCAGUGUUUUUGAAUUAUUUGUUUGACUGACUUGCCAAUUAAAUUUUAAACUGAAAUUUGAUGUAAAUAAUCUGCACAUCAUGAAGAACAUUGUCACAAAAAAUCAUAAAAAAAAAUCAUCCGGAAGCACCUCAAACAUAGGCAUCCGGAUGGUGGAUCUCGUCAGGUAGUUUUGAUAGGAUUAUUUCUCAUGAAAUAAUUAUAUGAUUAAAAAAUAUAACAAAAUAUGUUUUACUCCUCAAAUAGAUCUUAUUUAGUUCUAUUAAAACUAAUUUGAUUAAAGUUUGCCAAAAUAGGAGUGGAUAAGUCAUAUUUUGAGAAUAAAACAACGAUGAUCCUAUUUAUAAAUUUUAUUUUUAUUCUAUUCCUAUUUAAAGAAUUUUCUCUUUAUUAUUUGUGUUCCUUCUUGGCCCCCCAUGACUAAAUCCUGACUUCGCUUCUGCUUUUUUGGUAGAGAAUUUGUGGUUCACGUUAUUUCUUAUAUAUUCUUACACAUUUCUCUCUUCUAUAAAAAAUUCUCCACCACAAAAUACGCACUAUCUUAAUCUCUAUGUCAAAUGUAUUUUCGAAAAUAAUUUAGGCACAACGGAAGUAAUUACUACUUCAGUCUCACUAAGAUUGAUACAAGAGAAGGUGGCACGAUUAUUAAGAAAAGUGAGUUUAUGUGGUUGAUAUUAAAUUGAUAAAGUAAGAAUAAAGUAAGAAUGGUUUAGAGUCACACAAACUUCACCAAAUUUGGUAUAAGACAAUCUUAGUGGGAUUUCCCAAAAAAGUAAAAUGAGACAAUCUUAGCGGGACGGAGGGAGUAGAUGUUAAAAAGUAUAUUUUUGUAUUUUACACUAUUUACAAAGUCUAUUUUAAUUAUAUUUUUUGGUUAGUGUUUUAGGAAAAUAUAUGGGAGAAUUCCCUAUAUGGAAGUAAAUAAAUUCGUAAUUGUCAAAAUAGGACUAGAAUUUCAAAAUUCCCAAAAUAGGAGUUAUUAUUUGUAUUUGGACAAUGAUACCCUUGAAGCUUGGUAACAUGUUGCAGACACAAUGAUGGAUUGAUGCCACUCGCCGGCAACCACUGCUUGCCGGCCACCGCCGCUCGCCGGCAACCACCGUUUGUCGGCCACCGUUGCGGCCUCAAAAUUGACCGCCGUUGCAGAUCUGGCAGCCUCCACUGUAGAUCUGGUCGCCGGAGCCGUAAAUCUGGACGCCUCCAGCCGCGGACUGUUGCCCCUUCAAAUUCGGCUGCGGGCGUUGCAGAUCCGGCCUUUGCCGCUGCAGAUCCGACCUUCACCAUUGCAUCUCAGGCCGCCGCUGCCCAACAUUUUUCUCAUAAUGCCAACAUGAAUCUAAAAUGCCAUUUUAAUGGCAUUUUCAAAGGGAAACACAGAUUUUUCAGAAGAAUAAAAAUGCCAUUUUGAUGACAUUUUCAGAGUAAAUUUGGCAAUUUUAACAACUAAAGAAGAAAUUGGCCUAACAUCCGACCUGCGACAACUACAGAAGACGAGAAGAGAGAAACAAUAGAGGAGGAGGGGGAGAACAAUGAGCUUCUUUACUCCGCCAAGGCGGCAACUAGGGCUGGCAAUAUCACCCGCACCCGCGGAUACCCGGUCAACCCGAACCGAAAAUAUGGAUGAAAACCCGAAGAAGUAUGGAUGAAAAAUGGAUGACGGGUGGAUCGAAAGACGGGGUGGAUCGGGUGUGGAUGAAGGCUCAUCCAACCCAUCACCCGACCCGUCACCCGUUCCAUCCACCCACCCGCUGACCCGCAUAUAAUUAUAUAAUAUAUAAUAUAUAAUAUAUAUUCUAUCUAUUUAAUAAUAAUAAUAAUAAUAAUAAUAGUUAAUUGGUGAAACAAAGAUAAUUGGAGAGCUUCAAGAAGUGGCAGUUAAAUAGCAAAAAUAGUUUUGUGCCGAUGCAUAAAUGCAGAAUUUAACAACUUGAAGAAGUUUUAUGUCUAUUUUGUUUAACAUUCAGUUUUUUUCUUUAUCAUUGGCAGUGAAUUAAUGAUUGUAAUAUACUUAAUUGCUCAUGUUUUUGUUGUUAUUUUACAAUGAAUUCUUAAUUUUUGGUUCUUAAUUGUCAUGAUAUCUCUUUGUAAUUUAUUUAUUUUGUCUCAAGUUUGAACAUUUAUACUUCACCCGCUACUCACCCGAUCCACCCGAUAAUCCGUUCAAGAUGGAUGGGUUGGAUGUGGAUGUAAUUUUUAAUGGAUGAUGGACGGGUGGGUGGAGUAUAAAAAAUUAACGGGUGGACGUGGAUGAGCCUCCACCCGGUAAAAAUCCGACCCGCUGCCACCCCUAGCGGCAACAGAUCUGAUCGGAUUUACUACUCCCUGCUUGCGCCUGCUCACAUCUCUUGCUCGUUGCUAGCCGGGUCGCUACAGUUUCUCGCAGCUUCCAGAAUCUCGUUGUCGCAGCUCAAUAUAUUGGAGAAGAUAGCUGGUGAGCAG